AUGGUUCUAUCCAACUAUACUACUAACUUACUCCUUACUGGCCAAAUCGUGCCAAAAGCAAUCGCGAAUCCAUUAACUGUAAUUGCGAUGGGCUGGGUCAUGGGAUUGGCAUCUCUUCUUGGAAUGGCUGCCAACCUCCGUGUGCUCUGUUUAUUUUGCAAAGAGAAAAUGUCAAGUUUUUAUAUAAUGUGCAUCUCCAAAACACUGUCAAACGUGAUCAUAAUCUUGGGACAUUUGCUCCAUAAUGUUCCAAUCACUAUCAGGAACAACUUCUCUGAGCCAACUUUUUUCAACAUGAUGGUCAAUGAAGCGGUCAGCUAUGGAAUUUAUUUCCUGGGCCCGGUUACUCAAUUCAUGAUUUCUAUUGAUAGAAUGCUAGUGAUAGUAUAUGCAAAACAAUUUAUUAAUCGGAAUAAUCAAAAACUAACAAUUAUCAUCCUCCUUAUCCUCUGGUUGGUUGCAGUUGCCAAUCUGAUUAUAUCAGCAGUAACAGAUGGGUGCGAUGUGAUCUACAACCCGGAGCUUCUCAACUGGUUCAGUGGGGGUUGUGAUUACACUGUUGGAAAUGUUGUAGUAGCACUUGUCCUCUGUUGUGCAGUUCUUUCAAAUCUCACUAACCUUAUUGUGGUUCUGAAAUUGGCAAUUUCAAUGAAAACAACGCAUAUAAAUUCGAACUCAGUACGCCGGAGACAACGCAAAUCUCGAAAACUAUUCAUUCAAAGUUGUAUUCAAGACUGGUUAUUUGCUAUUGAUAGUAUUAAUAGCACAUUUGUGGAUGGAAUUUCUGAUGGAAUUAUUUUCAAAUUUAUGCUUGAUGUUUUCUCUAAUCUAAUGACCCUUGUUUUAGAUGGAUGCGUGAUGAUAUAUUUCCAUCACGAAGCUGAUAAGAAAAACACAGAAACUAUAAAAAUCAAGCAAAAAAAUUUAUCUCCUCAUAACACUUGCCCAUAA